CCGCACGCGCUUACCCCCGCUCCCAGCCGCGGGACGCCUGCCCCCCCUAGUCUCUCCCGCGGCCCGGCGGGGCAGCCAGGCCCCUUGCUUGCCUGCCUGCCUGCCCUGCUCCAGCUCUGCGGGGGGCCGGGGCUGCGCGGGGGAGCGAGCAGGAGGCUGGCGCACGGCGGCUCCGCCCCCGCCGCCGAGUGUUUACGGCUCUCCACCUGCACCGAGCAGCAGCAGCCUCGGCGGCGGCGGCGGCGCGCCAGGAGCGGGAGGGACCCAAGUGCUGCCGGGGGAGCUGCAGCCUGCGCUCGCUGCUGAGGCGGCCAGACCUUCCCGCCCGCCCCAUGUGCGCCCCCAGGUCCUGGAGGCGGGCGGGAGCACCCUGGCUCCUCAUGCUGCAGCUGCUCCUGCCUUCUCCCGGGGCGCAAGAUCUGUCCUGUUCUUUGCCCAGUCCUAGAAAUGUCCAUUUUGAAUCUAAAAACCUGAAGAAUAUCCUGCACUGGUCACCAUCAGAAGAACUAGGAGAGGGAGUACUCUAUAAGGUGAAGUAUUUGAUAUACGGCAUAGGUAAAUGGAUUAAAAAGUCAGAAUGCAAGAACAUCAGUAGAACAUGGUGUGACCUCUCCAAUGAAACGUAUAACCACGAGGACCAAUACUAUGCAAGUGUAAAAGCCUUUUUCAAUGGCAACUGUUCCAGAUGGACAGAAAGUGCACGGUUCAAUCCUCUCACUGAUACUAAAAUUGAUCCACCAGCAGUUACUGUGUCUUCCACUGAAAAAUCUAUAUCAAUAGUUUUGACUGCUCCUGAGAAAUGGAAAAGAACCCCUAAAGAGGAAUCUAUAUCUUUGUAUCAAGUCUACUCUGGCCUGCAAUAUAAUGUGUCUGUACUCAACAAAAAAACAAAGAAAAAGUGGGUCUUCUCCAUUAAAAACAAUACACUGCUUGUGCCCCGGUUGGAAUCCAAUACAGUUUACUGUGUCAGUGUACAGACAUAUGUUACAACACCACUUUUGCUCAGUGGAUUUUCCAAAGAACAUUGCAUUGCUACUCUGAAAGACCCAACAGUAGAGCAGACUAUAACAAUCGUAUAUGGAUGUAUUCUACCCAUCAUUUUAACAGGCGUCAUUAUCUCUAUGGCAGGCUAUUAUGUGCACAGGUAUAUUCAUGUCAGCAAGCAAAAGCAUCCGGCUAACCUGGUAUUGCACUACACGGAUAAACGUGAUGAAAGGAUUUUUAUCCCUUCUGAAAAAAUAGUGGUUAACUGCAUCACUAUUAAUAUGAUGGGUGAGUACAAGACUUCCCAGGAAACCAUUAAUUUAAUAGGCAGGACCAGCCACAGUUGCAAUUCCAUUCAUGACGAAAGCAGAGUUGAUAAUAAGCCUCUGAAAAGAGCAUUGGAAGUGAAAGACUCGGUUGAUACUUCUGAAGAUGUGAACAUUUUACCUGUCUUGGAGCAAUAUGGUAUAUGCCAGCAUGGAUUCCACUAUGCUUUGGGUCAAAGGAAUGAAGGGGUUGUAGAGUAUGAACUUGAUGUGAGGCCUGCAGAUCUUUUUCCUGUGCAAAACCUAACAGAAUGUGGUUUGACAGAGAAGUCUGCACCAAGAGAACUGCUAGAUGAGCCACAGAUCACUUUGAGGGAUUUCACUGACAAUAAAAUGGGACAGCCAUACUGUCCCCAGCUUGAUGUGCAGGUUACAGACAUGUGUUCGGUGCAGAAACUAAAAGAACUCAAUUGGAAGGAGGAGGCUGCUGCAUCAGAGGAACUACUAGAUGAUCCACAGACGGAUUUGGGUACUGAAAAAAUAGGACAGUCUUACUGUCCCCAGUUAAAAACCAUAACACAGAGCCUCCAAGACCAAACUAGGACAACAGAGGUAGAAGAGGAGGAUGAACAGACCAUAUUAGUAGAUUGGGAUCCUCAUACUGGAAGACUUUAUAUACCUACUUUGUCCAGUUUUGAGAGUGAUACACAUGAAGAAGUAUUUGAGCAUGAAGUGUGUGAUCAGCCUGCUAAAGAGGGGCUUUUGUCCAAACUCUAUGAGAGCCAGGCGUCUGAUGAGCCAUCAGAAAACCAAGAACCGUAUCUCCUGCAAUUCAAGGAGCAAUGGGGAUUGCAUGUAAAAAUGGAAGACUGAACAGUCUUCCUUCAAGAUCUUAAAAUGUUAAAUGUAAAUUGUUGUUUAUACCUUCAAAAGGUAUUUAUUUCAUCCAAAUCAUGGCUUGAUUUAGCCUCGAGGCUGGAUUUGUACUGGAAUUAUCUAAUCUCUGCUAUGUUGUCAUAUUUUUGAAGACUUGUAUUGUAAAGUGGAUGCUCUAUAA